GGUGUCGCACACGACGCAAUGAUGACGCACUUCCCUCCCGGAAGUAAAACAACCGUACAGGGGGAGACGUUAGCUCGUUAGCCUCAAAAUGAGUUUGUUUUUGCACAAAUUAACGUGCAAAAAAGAUAUCGACGAAGUCAUUAAAGGGGUGGCAGAAAAAGUCGUGGUUUUACGGUUCGGCAGGGACGAUGACUCGGUGUGUCUGCAGCUCGACGAGAUACUCUCUAAAACGGCCCACGACUUGAGUAACAUGGCGUCCAUUUACAUCGUCGAUGUUGAUAAAGCUCCCAUUUACACGAGAUACUUCGACAUAAGCUACAUCCCCUCCACUGUCUUCUUCUUCAACGGACAGCACAUGAAGGUCGAUUAUGGCUCUCCAGAUCACACCAAGUUCGUUGGCAGCUUCAAAACCAAGCAAGAUUUCAUGGACCUGAUUGAAGUGAUCUACAGAGGAGCCAUGCGGGGGAAAAUGAUCGUCCAGAGUCCCAUAGAUCCUCAAAAUAUUCCCAAAUAUGAUCUCCUCUACCACGGGAUUUAGAAUCGGUGACUUUAUUCAUUAUGUGAUGGGCAAGAAACUCUGCAGAGUAGCACUGACGGCUGCUGAAUGAGUAACAAGAGACAUUCAGACUUUGAACCACAAAGUAGCUGUUUGAGGAAUACUAAAGUGCCUCCGAUUUAAAGACUGUUGAACAUUUAUUCUUUUUUUGUUGUUGUUCUUGUUGUAGAGAUCAAAUUACCGACAGUGUUUUUGCCUUUACUGUUUCUACUCCUGAUACUUUAAAGGUUCUUCUAAUUCACUUAGACAGGGAGUGUGACAGUAAGGAGGAUUGCGGGUUAGUAAAAACAGAUAUCAACAGAAGUGUUUUGCAAAUAUUUGAUGAUAUAGGAAAUGCAAACCUAAGGGAUGUAAAGAGUUUGACUGCAGGGUAGUCUCUACCAGUUUUUAACAGUACUAUGUGGGAGGCUGGAAAAACUGGAAUGAGUUCAAAUUUUACCUGUGUUAAGUAAUGGCAGGUGCGCACUCUGUAGUGGGAUUUGUCAAAUGUUUCAUAGUUUAUUUUGUUAACACUAAAAAAAUUUUUAUCAGUGAAAAAUAUA